AGUAGUGAUCAUAAGUAUUCGAUUAGCAAUAUGAAUGGAGAUACAAUGGCGAUAGAUCAUGGAUUUAAGUUGCCACCUCUGAAUGAUGUUUCAUACUCUUUGGUUCCUGCUAGUCAGCAUUUCUUGGGAGUCUUAGAAGUGAUCGAAGAUACUCAAUUUGAACAGCAUACACAAAUUCAGACACCUUCUUCAAAUUUCCCAGCUAGCCCAACUUUAAGUUGGCAAGAGUUGCCAAAGAUUCUCAGUGUUGAGCACAUGAAUCCUCUUCCAGUUGUCAUGAAUUUCCCUGAACAGCAGUCUCAUUUGAAGCACUUUCCAAUCUUGAAAACCGCAAAUUACUCAAAUCGUGCCAAAAAUAUCCAGAAUCCCAAGUCCCAACAAAGUGAUGGGCAAGUAUCUUCUAGCAAGAGCUCUACUCCUUCAGAUUAUUUAGUUAAGAAAGUCGAAUCAAAUAGCAGUUUAGACAUAUCCUCUUCACAAAGAUGGUGCUAUUGAGGUCUAACUCAGGAGCAGAGCAGACUCGUCCAAAAGGUGAUGACUCCCACUAACAUGCGAUUCCUGAAUAAACUCAAAUGUUAUGAAUACGAAGUACAACAAGAUGAGCCGAACUCCACAAGCAUUAAGGGAUGCAAGUUUGUCUGAAAGUUCAAAGGGUCAUGCAACAAGAAGUUCGAUCGCCCCUGGAACUUACUCGACCAUUGCAGAAUGCACAAAGGAGUAAAGCCCUUUGGCUGCUACAUCUGUGGGAAGAAGUUUACUCAAAAGGGGAACAGAAACAAGCAUAUGAAUAGGCAUAAAUAA